AUGGACGAAAACCAUAACGAUGUUUCAAACUUAUGUUUAUUAGAUUACUAUGCAUUCCACUUGAGCCGAUUGUGUUCAAACGGAUUCACGUAUAAAUUUUGGAAUUUUUCAAACUUUCCAGGAGUAUCCCAAAACAGCAAACUCCAGAACUCAUCCCAACUCCUCGCCAUUCCUGAAACAUUUAACGGCAACAUUAUUUCAAAUUCCGUUCAUGCACAUUUCAACAAAUAUAAGAAAAAUGUUUGCUUUGAAAUCAAAAGAGACAGACACUUGUAUAAAGCUUCUAAAUCAACAUCAGCUGAACCUGAUGAAAGUAAUUGCAGAAAUCAAAUCAUGUCAUGCAACUCAUCGGCACCGUCCAACACGAAACCAUCUUUCACAAUUGAAAACAUCCUGGGUAAAGCAAAUGCAGAAAACUCUACCGUUUUUGACGCAUUUAAACAUAAAUUUGAUAACUCGACAAUUUUAAUACAAGAUGUUUCUGUCAAAGACAAUCAACUGGUGACGGCAGAAAGGUCAAACCAAAAUACAAUUAAACUCCAAACAAAUUUACCUUCGACCACUAGCUCGCCAAAUUUUUUUGAACUCUCAAACUCGAACAUUCAAUCUAAAACAUCAGAUACAAUGAGCAAAUCAAAAACAACAUGGAAAUCCAUGUUAACAAAUCCAUUUGAAACAACAACCCUCGAAACGUCAUCCAUGUCGCUUUUAAAUAGUACAAAACAGACAGCAAAUGUCACAACCACAACAGCACCAACGACACAUGAAAUAAACAACACCACCAAUGACAUGCCCAACAAUCCCAGCAACGAGACGGAUGUUACGUCAUCAACGAUGGACAGUCCUCUUGUUGCUUUAUACUCAAUGACCAAUCAGACAUUGCCCGGUCAGAUAUUGUUUGACUUUAUUAAAUAUUCACAUUUGAUCACGAUAUGCGUGAAACAUUUAUUUCAAAUUAAAUGA